AUGGACUCAGAAUAUUAUUCAGAGGAAUACUUAGCAUCUCUGAAUAAUGUUUUGAGAGAAAGAGAACCAAUUCACUAUGGAAAAGCAUCUGAAGAUCAAGGGUGGAUGGAAGCAAUGAAGGGAGAGCUUAAUGCAUUUGAUAAGAAUGAAACAUGGGAAAUGACAGAUUUACUAGAAGGAAAGAAGGCAAUAGAUUCUAAAUGGGUAUAUAGAAUCAAAUUUGACAGAGAUGGGAACAUAGAGAAACUCAAAGCUAAAUUAGUGACAAGGGGUGAUAAACAGAUCAAAGGCAAAGAUUACAAACAUACUUUCUUACCAGUAGCUAAGUUCACUACUGUGAGAACUUUGAUAGCCUUGGCAACAGCCAUGAAUUGGAAGUUGGAACAACUUGAUAUCAACAAUGCCUUUUUUCAUGGGUUCCUGGAUGAAGAAGUGUACAUGAAACCACCAAAAGGUUACACUGGAGGAAAGGAGGGGCAAGUAUGUAGGCUGAAAAGAAGCUUAUAUGGUCUGAAGCAAGCUUCUAGGCAGUGGAAUCUAGAACUGACCAAGUUCUUCAUUGAGCAUGGCUAUACCCAAUCCAAAAGAGAUUACUCAAUGUUCUCUAAAAUUGAAAAUAGAAAGCAGACAAUUGUGCUUGUUUAUGUUGAUGAUCUCCUUGUGACUGGAGAUGACACAAAUGAGAUGGAAAAGCUUAAGACAGAACUUGACAAUGCCUUCACUAUGAAGGAUCUUGGAGAAAUGCGAUAUUUUCUUGGGAUAGAAGUUUCAAGAAGUCCAAAAGGAACUAUGUUAAAUCAGAGAAAAUUCAUUCUUGACAUACUGAAAUCAACAUGGACUGAGGACUGUAAACCUGCAAAGUUCCCUUUUCCCAAAGGGAUCAAGUUAUCAGUUGAUCAAGGUGAUCUCCUAGAAGAUCCUGAAAUAUAUAGAAGAAUCAUUGGGAGGUUAUUGUACUUGAAUCUGACAAGACCUGAUAUUUCCUAUAGUGUGCAGCAGUUAAGUCAGUUCAUGUGUGAACCAAGAAAACCGCAUUUGCAGGCUGCUAUCCAUGUGGUGAAGUACUUGGCUGGUACAAUUGAUUGGAGUUUAUACUACCCUGCUGAUUCUGAAGUGAAGCUAAGCUCAUUCUGUGAUUCAGAUUGGGGAAACUGUGCUUUUAGUUCAAGAUCUCUCACUGGAUACUGUGUUUUUCUAGGAAAAUCACUAGUGUCUUGGAAAACAAAGAAGCAAAAGACUGUGUCAAAGUCAUCAACAGAAGCAGAAUAUAGGUGUAUGUCAUAG